UACCUCCAUAAUCUUUAAUCUGAGUGUCUGUGCUAUCGCUGCCAGAGAAGCGAGUGGGACAACUCGCUGCGGGGUCGGGAGUCGUUUCUCUGUUUCACUCGGCCGAACCGCUGAGCAAGAACGACGACCCCCCAGUUCCAUCAUCAUGUCCCUGGAUUUUGACGCUGCUGGGCUGCAGACGCAGCACGACGAGGACGAUGACUAUGACCAGGAGGACUACGAGAGGCAGCAGGAGCUCCAUAAGCUGCUGACGGACCUUCCAGAUGACAUGCUGGAGGACAGUGGGGACGAUGUCUCGCAGGCACAUGAUGGCUCUGUGUGUGGAGACCACACCAUUGAUGACAGGACCCAGCACACUUGGGAUCCGCACACUCAGUGGAAUGAACUGCAGGGUGACACCCCCACUGAUGAGAAUGGCGAAAGUAACUAUGUGCAGACCCCUUACCAUGAAGACUACACCCAUGAACACGGGACUGAGCAGUUCAAUGGACACAUGAAUCAGCAUCACGCUUGGUUGCAGCCACAAGGGCAGCGCCAGGGCUACAUGUAUGACCACGGAGAAUACGUUUUCUCCAAGAGGGGCACAAACCCGUCUGCUGUAGAGAGGGAGUUUGCACAGUACCCUCAUGCGGAGCCAGAGAGGGAUGGCCAGGACCAUGUGGAUAAAGCCAGUUCUAGAAAACAGGUCCAGGUCCUUGAGGGCCAGGCGUCAAGGGAUGAUCAUUUGGCUCAGUACAAGGUCACCUUCAAUCCAUACCAACCUGAUGCUCAGCCUAAGAUGUUCAGACUGGAGGGGGUUGGUCCAGAUGGUGGGUUUGACCAGCUGCAGAGGGAGUUCCUUGACUCUGCCCACAACUCUGCGGAUAAGCAGCAGAUUGCACAGCUGCAGAUACUGAACAAGGCUCAGCUAAGGCAAAUUGAGGAUCUGGAAAAGAAGCUGGAGGACUGCAGACGUAACAUGCGGUACAUGGAGCACCAGCUGGCCAUUGUGAAAGAUGAGAAGGAGGGCCUGGCAGUUAGCUUGAAGGAAUCUGCCCACUUGCUCCAGGAGGCUAAGGAGCGAGAGCACCAGCUACAAGGCAAGGUUUCUGCACUGCAGCUGCAGGUGCAGACGCUGACUGACAAGGACUGCGAGAGUGGGAAGAAGCUGCAGGCUGCCGAGGCAGCGGUGGACAGCUUGAAGCAGCAGAUUGCGGAGCUGUGUCGCUCAGAGACGUUGUCCCGUGCGAGGCAGCAGCACGAACGUGAUCUAGUGGCCAUCCGCGAACAGCACGAGGCCAAAAUUCUGGUCCUGCAGCAGAAGCUGGACACACAGGUGCAGGCGCUGGAGGAACAGACGGAGCUGAGCCGCAAACUUCAGGAGCAGCUGAAGCAGCUGGAACGGCAGAGGGAAGAAGAGAGACUGGAGCGAGCAGCAGUCAUCAACACCCUGACCAAGCGCUUGGAUGAGAGCCAGCAGCAGUGUGCCAGCCUGCUGCAUACAGGGAGUGUCCAGGAGAUGAACCAGCUUCACAUGCAAUUGCAGCAAGUGCAGUCAGCAAUGAAAAUUAGUGAGAACAUGAACAAAUCCCUACAGGAAGAACUCUCUGAGCUGAAGGAGCAUGUCACUCUGUAUGAGUCUGCAAUCAAAUUAGGGGUCAUUUCGCUGGACUCCAAUGGAGAAUGGGACAACCAGCUGUCCGAUUCAUACGUAGAACUGGGCAUCAAGAAAGUCAACUGGAAAAAUAGUCGCUUCCACAGCAGUCCCGUGACGACCAGCACCUCACCUGACGCCUUACCGAGGACUGACAUGGUCUUCGAGCUCAAGGCUGAGUUGCAGCGCCUUCUGGGCAGCCUGAAGGCCAAGAGGCAGAAGAUCUCCCAGUUGCAGGAGGAGCUGCAGCGGACCCAAGCCAGGUCACAGGAGCUGCAGGACCAACUGGACAAGGCUGAGAGAAGUGUGCGAGACUCCAGGCUGAGGGAGAUUAGCCUGGAGAAGCAGCUGGAGGUGUCCAGUAUGACAGCACACCAGGAAGAGCUUCAGCAGCUGCGGAAGGACAAGGAGCUCCUCCAAGACCGAGUGGAGAAACUAGAGUCGCAGAAUCGCGAGUUGAAGCAGAGCGAAGAGAAGGUGAGGGCUGCCAAUGGGGAACUCUGCACCAAGAUGAGGGAGAUGAUCCAGGAACUGGACCAAGAGAAGCAGGAGGCAGCAGAGAGGUAUGAGAGGACCCAGCAGCAAUUCCGGGAUGAUGUGGUGAACCACGUCCGCACCGAGCUGGCCGAGGAACACUCCGCACAGAUGGAGGCUCUGCAGACAGAGUGCCAGAAAAAGGUUCAUCUUCUUGAGCUCAAGCUGGCUGACCUGAACAAGGAGAUGGUUGCUGUGCAAGAAUGUUACAUUGCUAUCUGCAGAGAGAAGGACUCUCUGGAGGAGAGCCUGCAAGCCAAGAUGAUGGAAGAAAGAACAAAGUUUGAGAAAGAGCUACGAGACCAAAUGGACAAGGAGCGAGAGCAAGCCCUUGCACAGCUGAAGGCCAACUUGGAAGCUCAGCACCAUGUAGCUGCUGCUGCCACCAAGGCAGUGUGGCUGAAAGAGAGGGGAGCAGAGAUCCAGCGCCAGGUGGAAGCACAAGUGGCACUGAUCCAGACUACGUGGGAGGAGGAUCACAGCAAGGUAUUGCAGACUGCUCUGGAGGAAGUGGAGAGGCAGUGGGCCCAGCGAUGCAAACAAGCCAGUACCAGGCGUGAUGGUAUGGUUGAGGAGAGGGAUACUCAAACAGAAGGGUUGGAUUCCAGGGCAGAGCUGGAAGCCCUGCUGACUGCUCAGAGGCUUGCCCUGCAACAAGAGGCAGCACAAGUACAGGCCAGAAUAGUAGAGGAGGCAGUUCAGCAUGUGGAGCAGGACCUUCACAAGAAACACAUGGAAGCCCUCACCCAAAAGGUGGCGAGCGCCGUUUCUAGUGCCCGUGAAUGCUGGCUGCAAGAACUCACCUCCCUACCGGAGUACAAAGCAAGCCUUCAGGCUGAGAGAGAGGACUGGGAGAGGAGGCAGGAGAAGGAAACUGCUCAGAAGAUGGCUUCAGUGCUGAUAGCUGCAGAGGAGAAGUGGAGGAGGGAGCAGGAGGUGGUAGAAGCAGAGCUGCGGGAUGCGGUGCGGCUCCUGCAGCAACAGUUGGAGCAGAGCAAGGAGGAGGCGGCAGCCCGCUUGAAGGCUGAACUGGCACAAGCCCGGGCGGCCUGGAACCAGGACAAGCAGGAGGAGAUUUCCCGCAUCCAGGCCCAGAAUGAGAAGGACUACCGCUCCUUCCUGGAUGAGCAACGCUGCAAGCUGGAGCUGGCCCUGAAGCAGGCCAAGGAGGAGGCAAGCCGGCAAAAGGAGGCAGAAUUCCAGCAGCUAUUCAGAGACCAGCAGGAGGAGUGGAAUGCCCAGCAGGAGUCCCGAAGCCAUGCUGAGAGGAAGCGGCACCGGGAAGAGGCUCUGCUUGAAGCACAGAGCACACUUGCAGAGAUUCAGGACUUCAUUACAAAUGAUCCAAGGUGGCUGACCCAAAGCGAGGAGAAGCCAUCCAGCAGCCCUUGUGCAACCCCCAGCCCAGGGGGGCUAAGAGCCUAUCUGCAGACAGCCUGCAGGGCCCUGCUUGUCCAGGCAGUAGACCAGGUCAAGCAGCACUGGAAAAAGUGCAGUGAGGACCAGCUGGCUCGCAUGCUGAAAGAACAGGAGGACCAGCACAAGAAGGAAUUGAAUCGUAUUCGAGUCUCCAUGUUGCAAUCCAACGAACUGCCAUGUGGACAGAGUUGUGCAGACAGUCUGCAGAAGUUGCAGAAGCAGUGCAAGGACCUGAAGAGGCACCUGGAGAAGGCAUGCAGGCAACUACAACAGACUGUGCACGACCACAAGGCUGCUCUGCAGCAACUCAAAGAGGAGCAUGAGGAUGCAAUGCAAAAGGAGCGGGAAGAGAGCCGGAAGAAGCUGGAGGAGGUGAAACGGUCUUCCAGCAAUCACCCUUCCCUGUAUCGGACAGACAGCAGCCCAGAUAGCCAGCAGUCUCUUCAGGCUGGACUGGAGGAAAUGAAGAAACAAUACAUGAAAGCUGUUGGAAAAAUUAGAAGCGACAUGCUGCGCUACAUUCAGGAGAGCAAGACGAGGGCUGCGGAGAUGAUCCGGACAGAGGUUCUAAGGGAAAGGCAGGAAACGGCCAGGAAGAUGCGCAGGUACUAUCUCACCUGCCUGCAAGAGCUCCUGGAGGAUGGAGGCAAGGCCCAAGGUGCAGAAAAGAAAAUCAUAAAUGCUGCAAGCAAGCUGGCCACCAUGGCUAAAGUGUUGGAGACCCCCGUGUCAAAGAAACAAGGUGGAAGGAAUCGUCCUGUUCAGACAGGCUCAAUGAGGUUGGAGACUCUUGCUGGAGAGAAAGCAGCCAAACUUUCACUUUCGUCAUCAGACCAGAGCACAUCUCCUCAACAGGCAGCCACUCAGACAAGUACAUCUGCUGAGAAGCAACAAUUGAGUAUGGUUUCAAUUGAUCGUGACAGCAGGCCUGGAGCAGAGCAUCCUGGGACUAAAAGCCCCAGUGAAACUCUAACAUCUCGAGAUUCCAGUAUGUCUGACAAGAGGAAAGUACAGCAGGAUGCUCCUUCUCAAGCUCCACCAAAGCCGGCCCAGUCCCUUUCACUCACGCCAGUGGGAAAUGGGAAAUCCCUCUUGCCAGUGGGUGGGGUUACUGAUGAGGGGCAGGUCCAUGUGACCUUGAGGACCCAAAGCAGGGAGUUAUAUGUGAGGGAAGCCAGUGACCACUUAAGUACAAAAUCUGCAGUCAAACCUUUUCUGAUUAAAGAGACUCCAGUUAAGGAUGGUGGGUGGAGCAACUGGAAUUUUGUUGGUUCUGAACCAUAUUUAGACCACCAGAACCGCACAUCUGCUUUUCCAAAUGGCCAAUCGGAGCUUCGUAAUGCCUCCGCAUUUCCUGUCCCUUCAUUUAUUUCCGUUUCUGAAACUGAUGAUGACACAGAUGACGACUUGUCUCGUUACGGAAGCUGGAGCACCUACAGGAAGCUGCCAGAAGUGCCGAACAAAGCUAAAGUAAAGCCGCCGCCUUCUGCCUCUCGAGAGGGGGCACAGGACACAAACGUGACUAAGGCCCGAGAUCCGAUUCCUGGGUCCGAGGGAGCCGGACUGCGAAGACUCUGUUCCAAGAGUUUGUUCCCUGAAAUGAAAGCCUGUCAGCAGGACAGUGGAUUUGAUAGCCCUCUUUCCCUGCUACCCAAGUAAACAGAGACGGGGAAUGAGCCCUGGGCACGGAGAGAUGCAGACAGUUUGUCUCAUCAUAAGCAUCUGUUUAUUUCUUCUGCAUUGUGCUAAGCCUUCAUUAGGACUUGGUAUUUAUUCCCUGUUUUUGAAUGCACUGGUGCUAGUUUGUCCCUUUGGUUGUACUGUGAAUGUGUUAAUGUAUUUCUGAUCUAACUUUCUGUA